UAUGUUGACUUGGGCCUGGGCCAGAGCCCAUAGAACGAAAUUAGAUAUUUAAGGGAAGAGUAGCGAAAGGAACAUCGUGAAGAAUAGAAGAAACCUAAUUGCCGACGACCAUGAUGCUGAACCUGAGAUCUUUGAUUGCGAAGGCUUACCGCGUUCGUCAAGGACGUGCUUUCUGUUCCUCCUCCGCAUCCUCCUCAGCUCCCAAUUCUAUCGGUGACGAAGGAGGAAAUUCUAUUGUCAGGUAUCUCGUAAGUCGAGGUGUGAUAAUGCUAGCGGGAUUCGGCGCAGGUAGUUACAAGUCGGAAGAGAGAGUCGCCAAAUAUGAGGAGACGAUAAAAGCGAUUGACAAUGAGGCUUGGGAUAUCUUGGCGCAGCAGCAAGCGCUGUUGACCAAGGACUUUUCAAAAAAAUCCUAGUUAUCUUAUGGUCAUCGUUCGUGGAGGUGCACCAAAAACAAAGCCAAGCUUCUAUUUUAGGUUCCAUAGUUUGUCUCUCUUUAUGUGUCACUUUAUGUCUGGUGGUUCAUGUUAACAGAGUUUGCUUAUGCGCAUGGAUUUCUUCUCUCUCUAGUGAUAUUUUGGGUCUCUAUAUAUACUUCCGUCUCCCUCAUUGUAAUUCUCUGUCUGGUUCAUGUAAAAGAGUCUUGUUUAUGCGCAUCAGGAUUGAUUUUUUACCC